UGUGCGGACCGCUUCAAUGAAACGACAACAAUUCAUUAAAACAAUAAAACAGCGUUAGAACGUUGUAAAUUUUAAAAAUAGUUUUGAUCAUCCACGCUAUUAAUACACUAAUGGUCGUGGUCUUAUCAGUGUGAAAUUGAAUUACAAUAUUGAAACUCGCAGCUCACGUUAUUUGAAUUUAUACCGCAUUUGAUUGUAGUCGCGAGCGUUUGAGUUAUCCAUAUGCACUAUUGAUUUUCCGUUCGUCGUCUAAUAGGAAACUAAAAUGUCAACUAGGAACCACAACACUGCAACUGUGGUCAACAUAAAACAGCUCGACGGCAAAGUGCAAAACAUCCUCAGGGAAGCGGUGGAAGCGCGCAGUUUCGCGUACGCCCCCUAUAGCAACUUCCAAGUGGGGGCGGCGCUUCAAUGCGAGGAUGGCACCCUCUACAGAGGCUGCAACGUCGAAAACAGCUCGUUCACCGUAGGCACCUGCGCAGAACGUAACGCCUAUUUCAAAGCCAUCUCGGAAGGACAAAGAAAGUUCAAGGCGAUUGCCGUCAUCGCCUAUCAGGAGAAGGUCUUCACGAUGCCGUGCGGCGCUUGCAGACAACUGAUGGCGGAGUUUGGAAAUUUGGAUGUGUACAUCGCGAAGCCGGAACUCUGCGAUGUUAUGGUGACAUCGCUAAACGAACUGCUUCCUUUCGGAUUCGUUACUGACAAUUACAAGUUUACAUGAGACUACAUCAGGUCAAUAGGAUACUGGUUAUGAUAAAUGCUGUUUGUACCUUAUAACAAUUUUUUAAGAGUAAUUAAAAGUUAUUGAAUACUAA